CACAGCUCGACUUUUCCUACAUUCAAUCGCUACACAACAGCACCUUUCGCUUCGGCAGACAUAUCGGAACACACACUACCCUCCGCCUUCCCAGUAACACCCAAUCAGCUUCCACCACACACCCGACAAGAUGCGCGCUACUCUCGCAUUCGCAGCCGCUGCCUUCGCCACAACGGUCCUCGCCGCUCCAGCACCAGGCUGGGACCAAGACGGCAAAUGGAAGAAUGAAUGGCGCGGACAAAGCUACGGCGGCAAAGGCAAAGGUCGCGGCCACGCCUACUGCCCUCCAGACCAGGAGCCCGAAACCCAAUGCCUAACACCAGAACAAUGGACCGCCGGCGCCGAAAUCUUCCGCCAACUCAUCACCAACUACUCCGACCCCUUCGCCCUCGAAGCCCUCACCGAAGACUUCGUCGACUACUCCUCCGCCGUCAACAUCAUCCGUAACCGCGGCAACGACUACCCUUUCGUCGUCGACGCCAUAACUUUCGACGGACGCGCAGCCUUCAUGGCUGCGCAAGGAGCCCAGCCUCUCAUCCCAUUCGAAACUCUCGGGACGUGGGGAGGUUGCGACACCAUUUCCACACGCUGGAAAACAACCCGUUCUGCCAACGGCCAAGCAUCCGAAUCCAACGACAUCCCAGUCGUCGGCUUAGGUGUUCUCAAAACCCGCCCCGACCCCGACAACCAAUACGGUUUCCGCGUCGCGGAACUCUACUCGGAAUUCAACGCCGCCGCUUGGCUUGUGAAUAAUGGUGUCUUCACGCCUUCGGCUGUCACGACUACGAAUUUCCCGGAGGCUACGGCUGGGCCGCAGAAACGUGCGCCUCCGCCUUGGGCUGGGAUUUGAAGGGAAGGGGUAUUGUAGAUGAGUGACGGACGGGUACGAAAAGGAGAAGGGAAGGGUUACACAGGACCCAUGGCGUUUUUGUUUCGUUUGUUUCAAUCUUGCAUGUGAAUAAAGCUAACUUCAGAUUUAUUGUUUAUUAGGAGAGCGAAAAUGAGGGGGUUUUGUAUAUUUGUAAUUGCUCUUUUACUUCUUUAAUCGGUUAUAUUACCUUCGCUUUAUCUAUCUAUCUAUCUAACCUACUUCUUUCUAA